UCAUAUUUACAAGAUGAAUGGCAACGGACAGAGAGAGCGAGAGAACUCGCUUUCGUUGAUUCCAUGGCGCUGCUUGCCCCUCCUAUUGCUAGAACCAGUGCGUCGCUUCCUCUCGCCGGCGUAACACCUCGCCGCCGAUUGGAAACAACCAGUACUAGAACUACCUCUCUGGCCGCCGUAUCAACGCCGCGCGGCGGAGAAUCGACGGCGGAUUGGGUGCAGGCCACCUCCAGGUUCUUCGACCAAGACACGCGCCCUAUCAUGUUGUUUGACGGUGUGUGCAAUUUGUGCAAUGGAGGCGUGAGGUUUGUUCGUGAUAAUGACAGGAAUAGGAGGAUAAGAUUUGAAGCUCUACAGAGUGAAGCUGGCAAGAAACUGCUACAGAGAUGUGGAAGAGCUCCUGAUGACAUUUCAAGUGUUGUACUUGUUGAAAAGGAAAGGUCAUAUAUCAAAUCAGAAGCUGUACUGAAGAUCAUGGAAUAUAUAGACUUGCCCUUUCCUCAACUAGCAUUUUUUCUACAGUUGGUACCUCUCUUUGUAUGCGACUUUGUAUAUGACAAUGUUGCAAACAAUCGUUACACGAUAUUUGGUUACUCUGAUUCUUGCGAGUUGUAGGGCAGGGUACUUCAGGUUUGUGCUCUUUCGACAACGAUGUGGUUCAGAAAUUGAGUUCAAAAGUUUAUUUUUGCCAUACUUGUAGCUUUCUCCAUCAGUUUUAUGUUUGUUAAUACCGACCAAAUGAAUGCAUAAUAAGUAUGUCUGUGCUAUUUGCGAAUGGUAUCUGUUUUAAGAUGACUAUGAAAGGAUCUAGAAUAGAAUUCUUUGA